AUGAAGCCACUGACAGUGGCUGUCCUCGCAGUCUUAGUUAUUGCUCUGUUAGUGCUACAUGAUGUUGAUGCGGCCCGGAGACGCAGUGGAGGAGGGAGAAGUCGUGGUGGUAGUCGAGGGAGUCGAGCCAGUCGAGCCAGUCGAUCCAGUCGAGCCAGUCGAAGCAGCCGCAGAAGACGUUCAGUUCGCCGGAUUCGUUCGUCUUCAACACCUAAAAUCACCAAAACUACACCAAUAAAACCGAUCACGUUCCGUACUCCGGUAAUCAAGUCUCAAGCAAAACGCGGUUCGCGAACCAAACUUUUCACCAAAGCCACAGCUGGCUAUCUUGUAACGAAAUAUGCACUUAGUAAAGCUCCGGUCUACUAUGAAGAGUUUCCACUCCGUGAAAGAUACGUGUCAAUUCCCGAAAAAAGAGCGGUGAGAUUAUCAUCUGAAAGAGUGAGUUUACUAGAUUCGAACGGACACUUAUGUCUCGGAAACUCCUCAAAACCUCAGACCCUUAAAGACGGAAUAGGAAAGAAUCUAUUUGAACUAAACACGACUGUGAUCUACAAGACAAACCCAGAGAACGUAAUCAGACUGUACGGCGUUGAUAACACAGUUUCACUGGAAGACGUCAAAGACAAGAACUUCACAGUUACGACUCGUGCUCGGUAUAAUGUCACAGUCGUAGAAAACGCAAACUGCACCCAACAGGAAAACCAAGUGAAUGGAACAAUGAUUCAGCUGUAUGAAUUCAACCCCAACAAAGCAAGCAAAGCCGGCAUCAAUUUUAAGUUGAUUGUUACUCUAGUCAUGCUGAUAGGAAUGCUUUAUGAGCAUCAUUCUUUAUAA